UAUAAAUUUAACGGAUUCAAAAGACCAGACCGUCGUCACACGUUGGGGGCGUGGUUUAUAGACGUAACGUGGAUGCUAUUGGCUGAGCGCGAAAUUUCAAAUGUGGAAGGAAGAACAGCAGUUUAGAGGAGCGGAGUAUCUAUGUAAAAUACACUGGAAAUUUACAUUUUAAACUCAGUCACAUUAAUAUUUUUUGAAGCAUACGGAUUUUGUUUGCGUUUACCAUCUUAGUGGACGUUUUCUAUUCAAACCGAAAUGGAUAUUGCGACGUAUUUACAGUGUUUUGAAGACAGUUUGACUUCAUAUACAGGAGACGACCCCCUGGAUCCAUGGGAGAAGUUUGUUGAGUUCCUGGAACAAAGACUGCCUGCAGAGGGGGACCGCGGCAUGUCGCAGGUGUUUGACAGUCUCGUCCAGAGAUUUCUGACUGUUGAGCGAUAUGCAGAUGACGUCAGAUACAUCAGAUACUGCAUCAAAUGUGCCAGCUACUAUUCGGACCCCGUCGUUCUGUAUAGCCACAUUUUUAGUAAAGGCAUCGGCACCAGAAGUGCUGCGCUGUAUGUGGCCUGGGCGCAGCAGUUUGAGCAGAGGGGGAUGAACGAACAGGCUGACGCAGUCUACCAGAAAGCAGUGGAGAACCAAGCACAGCCAGCAGACACCCUUCUCCACGAAUACAGGCAGUUUCAGACGAGGACCAGAACCCAGCUGCCCGUUUCUGCAGGAAGUCGAAACCCUCUGCAGAACUCCCAGUUAGCCAAUCAGAUGCCCCCCUCAUCGAACAAGGUGUCCGUGGACUGCCCGUCCAAACCACCCGGAAACAAAAUGACCAUAACUGUGUCUCGCUCGGAGACUUCAGGAUCCCUUUCCUCCAGACAGGACUCCAGCGUUCCCACCGUGUCCGCGUACACGAAGGAAGAUCUGGUGUGUGAAGGUUCGGAGUUGUGCUUUGAGGAGGUCCGAGCGAUGAAAUACUUCCAGAAGCUUCAAGAGAAGCAGAAGAACGAACAGAGCGAGAUCAUGAAGAGGAGGCUGAGAGAGGAGGAGGAAAGCAUCCAGAGAAUGAAAACGUUAUUAGAGGAACUCAACCAGCAGCUGGAAGUCUGUGGAGACGUUUCCAGCCAGACUUCAGCUCAUCAGACGUCUGCGGCGCAGACCAACUCGGAUCUUCUCUCUCAGCCCUUCGCUCGUCCUCGACCCUCAAACCACCGGAACAGCCGUCGCUCUCUCGGCUUGAGGUUACACACCGAGCCGCCCUUCAUCCACGAGGCGGCUGCCGUCCCUGAACCUCCUCUGACCUCAGACGUAUCCCAUCAUUCCUCUGUCCUACCUGACAGCAGCGCUCUGAAGUCAGAGGCCACACCGCUGCCCUCAGAUCCUCAGUCUGUGGUCCAGACCUCAACGGUCCAGCAGAAUGUGGACUUCCAGCGGGCGAGCACGUCGCUCCUCACACCCGCUGGUUUUCCUGCCGUUGGCAGCGGCGUUCCCAGCCUGGAAGCCUCACUUCAGCUCAGCCGCUUGGACGCCCGUCAGCCCCCUGAGCAAGAGAGAAGUCUGAUAACAGAGUCUGAGGCGAAACUUGAUGCUUCACAGGGAGGAACAGCCAACCUGUCCCACAUCACGCCCAACAGCUCGCUGGGCUUCGUUCAAGCCACGCCGUCACGGGUGCUGCCGUCCCCCACCGUCAACACUCAGGAGGCGCUGGGUGUGAUCAUGGACAUGUUCCAGGCCCCGACCUUCCUGGAAGAUCCUUUCAGCAGCGCGUCCCAACUCCAUGCAACCCCGACAGACUUUAAUGUGGAAACAAAUAAAGAUGUCGCCGUGGUAACCAAGCCCACCACCACAGCCCCCUUUACCAUCUUCCAGGACGACGACAAAGAAAACUUCAGUGCUGCAGCCAAGUCCAAGCCCGUCCGAGGUCUGAGUGAGCUCGCCGUGCCGAAGGCGGACAAGCCCAACGAGACGUCUCCGGAUCUGAUGCCUGACGAGAGCACGGUGUGGGGGUCUCGCCACAACUCGCUGGCCGCCUGUCCCAACAGCACGUCAGACUUCGCCAUGCUGGCCCAGUUCGUCUCCACUCCCUUCACACACAAAACGUUCUUCGGCGGCACCUUUUUCGCGGACCAAGAGACCAACUGCGAUGCCAGCGACGCCGACAACGGCGCUUCUCUCAGGUGUCAGACCAAAAAACUCAGCCCCAUCAUGGAGCAGAGUCCGUGUGACGACAAAGACUCUGAGUCCACCGUCAGCCAGCUGGCGCUGUCCUCUGCCAGACAAGGCACCAUCGUUGGCGAGGUGCUCGCCUCGGCCCAGCACUGCCUCACCACCUCCUCCAUCACCAUGGUGCAGCCUCCUCCUCCUGUCAUGCUCUCCUUCAGAGACCCGGCUGACUCCUCAAGGUCAGCCUGGCCCAGCUGGGAGGUGUACACCAGCCCAGAGCGGCCUCCCAAACCGGCCUCCCCGAGCCCGGUUGUGUCCAACAGUCGACCCUUUCAGAUCCUAGAGGAUUUGGAGCAGCGAGUUCAGAGCGAAGCCUGUGAUGUUCCCAUGAGCCCUGAGUGUGCUCCCGGACCGGGCUGGCUCGCCAUCAGAAGCCCUGAAGCCACCGCUGGGCCGGACCUGGAUGCCUUCCUGAGUCCCCGUCACCCCAAGAAGGAAGACACGACCUCCAACAGAACUCUGGAUGUCCCCAUGAGUCCAGAACAGCCACAGCUUUCUGCCGACGUGCCCAUGAGCCCGCUGCCACCGCACCUGCACAGCGCCGUGGAUGAACCCAUGAUGAGUCCACAAAGGGGGGCGAAGCCCGGCGCCAACGUCCAGCUGGUGUCCGAUCCCUGGGACAACGACCUAAUCACCCAUCUGCUGUCCACGCUCAACCCACCUCUGUUAUCCCACCCCCGCUGCAUCACCUGGCAGUGCAACAUCCCCGCCAUCACCCCAAAGAUGACCAUCAGCAUAGGAAACGCUUCCCUCCGAGUCGACUGCGUUCUUGGCUUGGGGGCCUUCGCCACCGUUUACCAGGCGACUGACCCCAGGACCUCGGAGAAGAUGGUUUUAAAGGUGCAGAAACCAGCCAAUCCCUGGGAGUUUUACAUCAACACUCGGCUGGACGCUCGUCUGCAGCCGGCCGUGCGCCACCUGUUCGACCGCGUCCGCUCUGCCCACCUCUUCAACAACGGCAGCGUGCUGCUCAGCGAGCUUCACAACCACGGCACGCUGCUGAACGUGGUGAACAUCUACAAAACGCAGAGCGACAAAGUGAUGCCUCAGCCUCUCGUCCUCUACUUCACCGUCUGCAUCCUGCACAUGGUGGAGCAGCUGCACGCCGCCCGCCUCAUCCACGCCGACGUCAAACCCGACAACUUCAUGCUGGGAGAGAGGUUCCUGGACAACAAGUGUUUCGAUUCAGAGAGCGUCGACCACGGCCUCGUCCUCAUCGACCUCGGUCAGAGCAUCGACAUGGAGCUUUUCCCAGAAGGCACUGCUUUCACUGCCAGGUGUUUGACGUCAGGCUUCCAGUGUACGGAGAUGCUCAGUGGGAGACCGUGGAACUACCAGACGGACUACUUUGGGAUAGCAGGGACGGUCUACUGCAUGCUGUUUGGAACGUACAUGCAGGUCACAAACGAAGGUGGUAUGUGGAAGACGAACGGACUGUUUAGAAGGAACCCCCACGCCGACUUGUGGCUGGACUUCUUCCACACGCUGCUCAACGUGUCGGACUGCAGCUCGCCGCCGUGCCUGCGCAGCCUCCGCUGCAAGCUAACGUCCGUCCUGCAGACCAACUACAGCAGCAAACUUCCCAUGCUCAAGAGCCGCCUGGUGGUUCUGCUGCUGGAGAACCACAAGGCGGGCCGGAGGUGAACGGCUGGCACAGAUCACAAGGCGGGCCGGAGGUGAACGGCUGGCACAGAUCACAAGGCGGGCCGGAGGUAAACGGCUGGCACACGAAAUCUGCCUCGUCGAGAAGAAAAUAAAUCCAGACAGCGUCUGUAUAUUUGUACAUAUGUAGGUUUUUAUUGAUGUUUUAUUGUUUGUGAGACGCAGCAGGAGGUGAACGAUGUUCGCUUCCUGACGGAGUUUCUGAGCGUCUUCAGUCGCCUCCGUUUUCCUGUUGUUUUCUGUUUUAUGGGUAAAAAAAGCUGCAGCUUCAGUAUUUACGGAUUUUAUGUUGUAGGAUUUCAAUAAAACAUUCAGCUGACGGACGAGUCAGAUCAAAGAAAUAUCUUCAUUUUAUUUCUUUUUUAAAAAA